GACAGGGUAGAUCCUGAGUUGCCCUUAAAUUCAAAAAGUGAUCUUGGGCGUAAAAAGGUUGGAGACCAUUCUUUUAGAGCAACUCGCACAUAGAUUAAAACUAGCAAUAACAAGAGCUCCUUGUCCCCUCUAACCUACAGAAACAAUAGCUUGAUUCAUUUACAGUGCUUUGGUGUUUGCAUGUGUAAGAGUUAUAAUACAUUGCAAAGGGAAGGGUUAAUUCAGCCGUCUGAAUUGUGCAUUUAAUGCUGGCGAUGGUGAGGGCCCCCAGGUCUUUUCUCUCCUGCGGGAGCAAUUCACACAGUCUGUCUAGCUUCCGAGCUCGUGAGUCUCAUCAUAUUGCUUAGAGAUGACUAUUCCAGUGUAAUGUGCCUGUCAUGCUAGUGCCUAGUCACAGAGGGAGGGGUGCUUUCUGAUCAGCAUCUGCUCCAGUCUGGUUAGAGUACAAGAAAAUAGACUCAGGCUCCCACCAGGGAAGUUCCAGCCCAGCACAGCUGUGAUGCAGUGAUGACCUCACAGUGGUGGUGUCAGAGCACUCAGAACUUCUUGGGGGUAAAGCUCGCAUUGUCUCACCCUGGAGGACAGUGCUGCUGGGCAGCAGGGCACUCCGGGAAACUGCCAGGUCCUAGCUGAGGAGGCAUGUCCCGAGCUUCAGGGUAAGGGAGAUCUAAUAUGCUGCAGUGCAGUGUUGGGUGGGAACAAGCUGCACUGAUGGGUGAAGACAUCCUAAACCCAGUGCUCCCUUUGCUUCCCUUCCCCUAUAAAGUCUAUUGAACCACAAGAGUCUCCUCUCUUUUGGUCUUCCCUCCUUCAGGGAAGGUGUUUGUUCCCUGUUUACCAGCAGUCUGGAUGAGGAUUUAUGAGUCUCCACUCUUCACAUUCCAUUUCAACAGAGAAAUACAAAAGCAUCUGGCAAAAGCUUCCCCCUGCUUUUGAAAUAGCACUGUGAUUGUUCUCAAGGGUCCCAGGAUUGCAGAUCCCCUCGUUACCCCCUGCCACUAGUGAGGGGGAGUCUUCCCUCUGGUAGCCGGAUGUCAGCUCCCUGAUCUCUCCCUCCUCCCCCCCCCCCCGUCGCCCAUGAGCCUCUAAAGCACUCCCCUCGGCUAUGCCAGCACUGCCUUCACCUUCAAGUUUACAAGAGGUGCACCCAAGUCCCCUUGAAGUAUUCCUCUGUGAUAUCCAGGCCCAGACCUCUCAUCCCAAAGCAGCAGUGUACCCCCAGCAGUGUACCCCAGUUUUACCUUAAAAACACCACUCGUGUAAACUGUACUUGUAAGCACUUAAAUAAAUUCUUUUGUUUUAUUACAAGAAAGACUAGAGGCUCCACUAGAAACCAGAGAGCGAGAUGGAAACAAACGAUUAGAAUACAAAAAAAUCAUAAAAUAAACUAGGGCCUACACUUAUUAAUAGUAACCUUUCCCCUCUAAUCAAGUAAGUUUUCCCCUCCGCCUCCCCCACCAAAGUUCAGUCUGUUGCAGAGCUGUCUGGCUGCCCAGGAACCAGAAUCCAAUAGUUCACGAAAGACUCCUGUUCAACAAGAUGUCUCCUCAGUGAAAGGAUGCAGUGUCUUUUUCUCCACUCUGUGAUAUACCUAAUCAGUCUUCUGUCUUUAUCCACACACAGGGCACUUGCCUGUCUGCUAUAAUGUUCCCUUUUACCUCCAUGUGGUUUUGAUUGCUAGCAGUUGUCUGUGAUGGUUUUCCUUUGACUGCUCUGGGAUGAGGCAAGGGCCAGGAAUUGGAACCUGAGUCUUCAGCAGCUUUCAUGCUGCAGCCUCAGAACCUUGGAUCAAGAGAGAGAGGAACGAGGCCUAAAGCUACCACCGCCCAAGACAAAGAAUCACCAGCUGCAGGCUUGCACCAGGAGCAGUGGUGAGUCAUGGAGUCCCCCUGUCCCUUCCCACCUCCUCUGAGCAGAGGCAGUGGUGCUAUUGUGGAGUCUUCUCUGCUUCAUCCUUUGCUGCUCAUGAAGGAUGUGAAAGAACAGCUGAACACACACAUCAGAAAAAAGAGACUCCAGCUCCUGUGGGGCUUGCCAUAUAUAAUCCUGAACUCCCUGGCAGCAUCCAUCCCAUCCAUCCCAGAGUUCCUGGAAUGCACUGCGCUGCUGGAGUCUAAAGAGUACCAGCGGCCACUCUUCAGGGCAGAAAGGCGUAAGCACCUUGAGCGACACCUGAGAAAGAAAAUGGUGCAUCACAAAUGGGGCCUUCCCAAGAGAAUCCAGAAGGCUUUGAAAUGGUUUAUUCCUCCUGAGGCAGCCAAACAGGAGCCCAUGCUUGAUGAGAAGGUUCCUAUAUCUACCUCUACACAUACAGGACUUUGUGAAGCUUCAUGUGGGAGCUCAGAGGCCUGUACUAGCAGGAUCUGUCUGAUAGCACAGAGAUCUGAAGGCAGUGGACAAACCACAGUGACACUAGACACUACAUCUGAGACAGCUAUAGCUGGAAGCAUGAGACAUCUUCAGAGAUGUCAGACCCGAACAUGUCCACAGAGUAAAACAGGAGAGGAGUCUCUGCUGCUGGAAUGGUCUAUGAAUUUCAACCCAGAUGCAACUGAGCUGCCAGUGAUCGGGGAGAAGAAGAAAAAGCACCCGGAGUUCCAGGGAGGGAAGGAGAACUGUGACCUUUCAGAAGACACUGAGGGCUCCGGGGAGACAUUUUUGCUGGGUACAAGUCCAGCGAGCACACAACCGGCUCUCCUCAAUGGGGCUCAGAGUGAAAUUGGAACUAGCUUCAUGGACACACGGUUCAGAAAUAACAAAGGACAAUGUAACCCGAACCUGGAGCUCGGGACGAAGCUAGAGAUGAAAUGGGAUGUCUCCUACAUGUUCCAGGAAUCCUCUCCUGCCAUGAGACCUCACCCUGCCCAACUCACUUACUGGAAGAGAAAGCCCAGCUCAGGAGCAGAAAAAAGCCCUGUAAGCAGGAUCAGUGGGUCUCAAAAAUUACCCCAUAGGUGCCAAGGGGGAUUUUCCCAGGGACUCUUAAGGGCCAUCAAUCCUCCAGAACAGUCACACUCACAGCUGCUUUCACAUGCCAGUGGAGAGGAGGUUCCAAAAUCUAACUUUGUCCAGGAAGGACAGAAAUUUCUUGGACUAGCUGGCUCUAGUAGGUCAGUAACUGAGAGUGAUGCAGCUGAGCCCUCUAGGGCCCUGUUCCUGCCAGGGCAGUUAGCCUCACUGGAGGGUGAGAAUCAAGAGGCUAGGCCAAAGAUGGCUCUUACACAGCUCUCUCUGGAAUCCCAGUUGCAACCCAGCCCAGCUGGAGUUCCUCUUGCUGAGACUCCCCAGGCUCUCAAUAGAGACAUGCUGGGGAAUAAAAAUCUUCCAAUUAAAUUGGGUUUGCAGAGUCCCUCCCAAGUGCCCAUGACCCCCAGCACCAACCCUGCAGCCUCCCUGCAAAUUCCAGGAGCUGAGGGUGAAGAAAGUCUUGUUACAGAUGACACAAAAAAAUACUUUGAAUUCCAUCUGAGAGAAAAAUUGCUGCAUCAGAAAUGGGGACUCCCUAAGAGACUGCAGGAAUCCAUGACCCUGUUUCUACUGCUAGAAGCAACAAUAAAUUAAUGCCUUUCUUCCCCAAGGAAGACUGGGAUGUGCUGGUCAGGGUCCCCUUACUCUCCUUCAAGGACAGAAUUCUACAGUAAUUAUCAUCUCCUCUAAAUUUUUGUUACCAUUAAAUAUAACUCUGGAUAUUCAUCUA